CGGUGGGCGGUGUCAGACGUCAACGGAAACGGAAGUGAAUGAAUGAAAUGACGGCGAUAGGUAACCUGUAACGUCUCCGUGCAACUGGGACGAGGUCAGAACCACCCUACCUUUGACACAUAAUGAGACGGUUUAGCCUCUCUCUCCUCCGCCACAUCUCCUCAUCCACUGCCCUCGCUCUCACCGGGACGUGCCGCUUUCACAGAAGGCUCUGCUUCACUGCUUCACGCCCUCAGUACCGGAGCAUCGUCCCGGCUCACAGCUGCCAGCAGACACGGACUGAAAGCACAGCAGCCAGCCAGCACAUACAGGACCUGAGUGGGCCUGAGCAGAGACUGCUGAAUAAACUUUAUGAUGGGCUGAUCGGAGGACAGCGGGCGUCUUUGGCAGAGUGCAUCACUCUGGUGGAGACCCAGCAUCCCAGAAAGAAAGAGCUGGCUCAGGUGCUGCUGCAGAGGGUCCUGGCUUACAGGAGGGAGCAGGAGAGCCGUAAUGGAGGAAAGCCAGUGGCCUUCAGAGUAGGUCUGUCUGGACCCCCCGGAGCAGGAAAGUCCUCCUUCAUCGAGGUGGUGGGGAAGAUGUUGACAGGACGUGGACAUAAAGUUGCAGUGCUGGCUGUCGACCCAUCCUCCUGCACCACUGGGGGGUCUCUGAUGGGCGAUAAGACUCGUAUGACUGAGCUCUCAAGAGACAUGAACGCCUUCAUCAGGCCAUCGCCGACCUCGGGAACACUCGGAGGUGUCACCAGAACAACCAACGAGGCCAUUGUUCUCUGCGAGGGAGCAGGUUACGACAUCGUCCUUGUGGAGACUGUAGGAGUCGGCCAGUCAGAGUUCGCAGUGGCAGACAUGGUUGACAUGUUUGUGUUGCUGAUUCCACCAGCAGGGGGCGAUGAACUCCAGGGCAUCAAAAGGGGCAUCAUCGAAAGGGCCGAGUUGGUCGUGGUGACAAAGUCAGAUGGAGACCUGGUGGUACCAGCCAGGAGGAUCCAGGCCGAAUACACCAGCGCACUCAAACUGCUCAGAAGACAGUCCAAAUCCUGGAACCCUAAGGUGGUGCGGGCUUCCUCGCAAACCUUCGAGGGCAUCCCAGAGGUCUGGGCUAAGAUGGAGGCAUACCGGGAGGCCGCGCUGGCCAGCGGUGAGCUGCAGGGCCGGCGGAGGGCCCAGCAAAGGGUGUGGAUGUGGAGUCUGAUCCAGGAGAGCGUCCUGUGCCAUUUCCAAAAUCACCCCGGUGUCAGAGAAGCUCUGCCCCACCUCGAGGAGAGGGUCACCAAAGGAGCCAUCUCUCCAGGACUGGCUGCUGACCUGCUUCUCAGAGCCUUUUCUUCAUCCUCUUCAUCACAGUAAUCACUGGGACUGCACUGUCAGAUAAGGAACAGUUAGCUGAUCAGGGUCACUCACUGAAAAGGAGAGUGAGAAAAUGACCUUGGCUCUGCGGUUUGCACAAAAAGACUCGAUCUCUGCUCUUUUAACACAUGAUUUAAAAAUUUAAAUACGUGAGAGUCACCCCCGUCUACAGAGGCUUCGCUUUCUGAUUGCUUUCAUCCAAGUCACAAGAGUAGGAAGAGCGCUGACAGUCGUCACUUCUCGUCAGCGGCUUUAAGAGCACUCGCGUUUGGCAAAAAUGAGACGCGUUUCAUUUGAGCUGCGAGAUGUGAAACGCUGAAGCGACCGUCUCUUUUGGACACUACAGAGAAGUUUUAACGAGAUCAGUGAAGGGGGAUUUAAAGGUCGUGUGGUUACAGUUGAAGAAUAGUUUGAGCGGUAUCUUUCACUAUUAUGAACGGCGUGUUACAGUAAAGCUGUGACUCGUUCCUCAUGAUCAGUAAUAACAGCCUAUUUGUGAGCCACAAAGCGUCAAUGAAAGGAUCGGGCUUGGGUAGAAUCGAUUUAGUUAGGGCCCCGUGUUUCUGCUGCUGAACUACUGAAGAUGCUCUAAUAACAGUUUUUCCUCAGGAAAGCAUCGAGGCUUUGAAUCUGUGUUCUUCUUUUUUUUUUUUCUUUUUUAAUCCACUGUUUGGUUUCUAUUAAAGAACAAUUUGAAUCUUAAGUGGACAAGUGAAUUACAUUAAAUCUGCCGGCGCAGUUGGCCGAGCUCUUCUACCGCCGCGUGUUUGCUCACGAUAUGAAAAAGGGCCGAGUGAUUAAUGUUACCUCUACGAAUAUUAGCCCUGAGAUUUGUCAAAGAUUUAAUGACAUUUCUUUUCGGCUCUCCGGAGCCAGAAAUGUCAGCGCUGGGCUUCGUCUGAAUGACUCAGCUGUACGGUUGCUUCGAAUUCAGGCAAAACACACUUUAAUAUUUCCAGAAUUAAGUUCAUACUGCGCUGCGCUCCCGGACACCACCGGAGAACUGAACACAAAGAGAAGUCACGCACUCAUAACGCCGGUGCAGCUACUUUAUUACUUUAUUAUUUAAAGAGGCUGCUGCAGCUGCUUUAUUCAGGGACCCGCAGCAGACGCCGGUGUCAGCGGCAUAUUCUUAUACAGUCUAAUCUAUACACAGGGUAUUUCCCACCCAUUAUGCAUUCAUAGGCUGUACCUGUUAUUUUUAGUGUCUGUUAAUCCGUCAGCUAUUUUUUUUUUAAUAUAUAAACUUACGUAAAUGUACACAUCAUAAUUUCCAGACUCCAAACUGACAUCUGAAGACUGAAGGAAAGCCUCGUUGUGGCCUCCAGUUUCAGUCCAGGAGCCACAAAUUCAGUUUCUCUUGUAGGGUUGAAAGUGUUCUUCAAACCAGAAGAAAAUGCGAGAUUAUACGAGUCACAUAAAGUUCAAAUCCAGUGUGUGGAUUCGAUUUUCUGAAUUCACACACUGGAGUAUUGUCUUCAACCCACCGGGCGAGCAGGUGGCGUGGACGUCCAAGUGUGUGAAUGCGAUGAAUCGAGAACUAGGCGAUGUAGGGUUUUCAAAUUGAUGCCGUAGGUGCAUCUACUAAAAAUCUCAGAUGAGUUCAAAUCCCGGUGACCUCGAUCUAAAGGUCAAGGUCAGAGGUCAAGUUUUCUGAAAGUCUAGAGAAUCCCUUUUGUAACAUUCUUGUCCCAGGUUGCGCUGUCUCCUUACGCUCUCUUUUCUUCUUCUCUUCCCCUCCAUCGCUACACACCGGUUGUGGCAGAUGGCCGCCUGUCCCUGAGCCUGGUUCUGUCAGAUGUUUCCUCCUGUUCAAAUGGAGUUUUUCCUUCCCACUGUCGCCAAGUGCUCGCUCACGGGGAGUCGCGUGAUUGUUGGGGGUUUUUCUCUAAUACUGUAGAAUCGUUACCUUACAGUGUAAAAUGCCCUGAGCUCACUGAAAAUGCCAAUAAAUGCUAAAAGAUCAAGUUAAAAAAAAGAGUAAUAUAUCUAUGAGAUAUAAAAUAAAACACAAGAGGUCAGCAGGAUGUGUGGUUUCUGUACCCAUCAUAGUCCAACAGUCAAGGCUGUCAACACAAUGAUGUUGAAGAACUCCCUUGCGUUUGUCCCGUUGGUCUAAUUAUGAGAUUGUGUACAUGUGGCAUUAAAUGGGUGUAAACUUGCUGGUGCUUUUGACAUACAGUAAGUCACUUAAACUGGUAUUGAGAGCUUAUUUCUUUGAGUCUUUUGGAAGAACUAUUACCUUUUGCAUUUUGGGCUGGUUCUUAUACAGCACUUUUCUACUUGAGCACUAAAAGCAGUUUUUAUAACACAAGCAUUUUUUAGUACAUCCAAGUCCUUUCUAUCCAACAUUCACACUCCGAUGAACGCAUCGGGAUCACCAUCUUGGCACGCAGACCUGGAGCAGCCAGGAAUUGAGCCCACGACCUUUCAAUUAGUAGAUGUCCUGCUCGACCUCCUGAACCACAGUCACUCUAAGCUUACAGCACCUGGUAUUCCCAGGCGGUCCAUGCGAGUACUAACCGGGCCCGACCCUUACUCAGUGUCCGAGAUCAGGCGUGCUCAGGGAGGUAUGAUUGUAAUCCUGCUGGAACAAGGUCCUGGGUUCAAAUCCAACAGUUUUUCAGUGUGGAGUUUGGAUGUUCCUCUCCGUGCCUGAGGGAGGUCUUUCCAGGUAAUCAGGCUUCUCUUCCCAAAAAGACAAGCAUACGGAAGCUUGUUUCUAUCUAAUCAAAAUUUCAACUCACCCAGAAGUUUGACUCAGUAAGUCAAAAUUUUGCAAUAAUAACUUGAAAUUUUCACUCAUCUUCUCUUUUUGUGGCAGAAACAAGACCCUGAAUUGAUUAAGUGAUAAAAAAAAAAUGUGGUUAAUUUGUUUAAACUUUUGGUAUUUCUUACAUACAGGAUCAACAGAGGAGAAACAACAGGUGAAUACAGAAAGAAAACUGUUUAGAUCACCAUGAAAAUUUCCUGUCUGUCUAAUACUCUGUAUUGCAAGUUUUCUGAAAAUGUAUUUUUAAGCAUGUAAAUGAGGCAUUGUCAGUCUUAUUAUUUGCAGUUUUCCAGAUCAUAAAUCGAAUUGGACAAUGACUAAAGCCAAGAUUAUUAGAGUCUUUAUAAAAUCUGUUUUUUAUCAUUUUAUAAAUCAGAAAAAAUGAAUAAAUGUUCAUAAAUCAGUGUCUGAAUGCUAUAUAAAUAAAAUCCAUCUGUUUAAAAAAAGCAGCUUUAGAAAUAUAAACAAAGUUUGAUGUAAGAGCUGAGUUGGAGAUUUCUUGCUUGGAAUAAACACAGUUACUCUGAA